AUGCAGCGACGACGGAUUUCUAUGACCCCAAAGCACCAGAAAGGCCAAACUGAUCUCUCUUCUUGGCGAAAAGGAGGGACAACUGACCCUGAAAAAAGUUUAAAGAUUCUUCAAUUUGCUGAUGGUGAGAAAAAUGAAAGUCAGGAAGUUUCCCUGGAACAAGCUUUGAACUACUUUGCAAAUGAGCGAGGCCGUGUUUUGCUGAACAAGAGCAGUGUACUGCAGAAACACUUGGCUGCUGUGGAAACCAUUGGCCUGCAACAAGGGCUGCCACCUGAGGGGUUUGAGAUACUGCUGAGUGUGGCACUCAGUGGCAGAUUUGUUGAUGCAGUGAACACUCGUUUACUGAAGAGCCUCAUUCCAGCCUCAGAAAUACCACAGAGUUCUGUGAUUACAGCUGUGUCUUGGCUCUGUGUCAGCAAGUGCUCAGACAACGUCCAGCUGCUUUUUAUAAAGUGGCUGAUCACAGUGUUCGACUUCAUUGAUUGCAAGGAACAGCUUCGUGCCCUCUAUGGUUAUUUCUUCUCCCUCCUGCAAGAUGACAGGAUGUGCCCAUACGUGUCUCACCUGCUCUACCUGCUGACCAGGAAAGAAAAUGUCAAGCCCUUUCGGGUUAGGAGACUGCUUGACCUCCAAGCAAAAACGGGAAUGCAGUCCCAUCUGCAGGCUCUGCUGUCACUUUACAAACUCUUCCGUCCAGAACUGGUCACCAUAACUCUUCCUGGGAAAAUGAAGACUUACUUCAGGAAUUCAGAUGGCCCAUGGAAAGCAGCAAUCAAUGCAGUACGACAAAGGAAACAGCAACCCUCUCCCCUGUUCCAGACACUGUUUUUGAGCACAUCUCAACCUCGGUCACGAAAGAGGAAAUGGAAUGUCCAGUUGGUUAUACCUGCAAGCAGUGCAAACACGAAUCAUUUAGGAGGGAACAGGGGGAAGAGCCUUGAUCUGAACUGUCAGAAAGUGUCUUUUCCAGUGGAGCAGCUGCAGACCUUUCCUCAGUUCCUGCAAAAUAUCCACCAGCUGGAGCUUCCUGCUCAGAUGGCUUCAGUGCUAACAAAUCCUUUAUUACUUCACUACAUGAAUUGCGUCAAAGAUGAAUCUAUUUACCUGAGGCUCUACUAUUGGAUGGGCCAGAUGCUCCAGGAAGAAUGCACCUGGUGUGUGGCUGAUAACUCCAAUGAAGAAGAAUUCAAGAGCUUCCUGGAAACUAUCUACAAGACAGAAUGUUUCUUGCAGGAGGGAUUUUGUGCCUCUGCAGAGUUUCUGUGUAACUGCCUUCCUCUCUGGGAUGGUUGCUGCUGCCGGUCACAAAUCCUUGGGCUUGUGAGCUGGAUUCCCCCGAGCAUUUUCUCUGAAAUUGGGUCACAGCUCUAUGAUCCCCUGGCACAGCUCUUUUUCACAUCAUCUCUUUACUUUAAGUGCAGUGUUCUUGAGAGCCUGAAAGAGCUAUUGCAGAACUGGUUAAAUUGCAAUGCAGUUCAUCUGGAAUCAGAGCUGAAUUCUUCGAAUACCACACUCUCUGGCCUGGUGAACCUGGUGGCUCAGCUGAUCCACUUUGUUGGAUGGAUCUCUACUGCUGCACUGCGUUUGGAACACAAUUCCAUGUUCCUGAUGUUCUUCAUCCUGAAUUUCUAUGAGACUGUGUGUGACAUGUACCUGGAGUACAAACUGCCUUUGUUGAUAUUGCCUCCUGCUGGAGUUUUCUACACAGCACUGCUUAGUAUGGACUCGGUCACCUUGAAUCAACUCUGUUACAUUAUGUACAGGUAUCGAACCAACUUGGUGGCUGCGAAAGAAAAUGAGCGGAGUAAAAAGAAAAUCCUGCAGUUCAAGUUCAGUAACCGGACAUACCAAGAGUACAACCAGUACAUAACAGCUAUGGUGGGCUGUCUGUGGACAUCUCGUGUAUUCCAGAAGGAUAUUCAUCCUCAAGGUCUUCGUAUGGAUGAUGAACUGCUGGAGAAAACUGCAGUGAAAGAAUUUAAAUCCAGCUUUAACGUUGUCCAUCACCCAGCCAUGAUGUGCUAUUCUGUUGACUUCCUGAAGCAGGCUUAUCCCGAUGAUACCACCUACAACUUCAAGUUAAUUAAGGGGAAGAAGUGGGACUGGUACCUGCAAUAUCUCUAUGCACAAGGCUUGAACGGCCUGAAGGUUUUUAUUGAAAGCAGCAUCAAUCGCAUCUCUCUCAGGAAAGCAGAGAAUGAAGAAGCAUGA